UAAUAAAAUGUCAAAACCUGCCUUCGACAGUGAUGGUUUUCAGAUAAUUUUACGUUCUAAAAAGGGCAAAGCAAAGAAAUUACCCCAAAAAGAUAUCACUUUUGUGAAAGAAAAUAUUGAAAUAAAUAUACCUAAAGCUCGCAGGCGAAUUUUGUCGUGCAUUGAAGAUUUACGCAAUUCCACAUACUCUACAGACGUAAAUAAAUCUGUAAGUAGUAUUUUAAAACAUAAAGAAGUUGUAGAAAUAGUUUGUUUUGGACUCGGUCAUGUAGGAGAGUGCUUAAUUUCUCAAUACCAACUCGCAUUGUUAUUGUGUACAAAAGAGGCUUUAAAACUUAAAAAAGUCAGUGUACACGAUCCUAUAUUUUCUACCAGCGAGUGUGCAUUGCUAAAAUCGUUAGAUAUCAAUGUUAUUGAAGAAAAUAACGAAGGAAGUUACAUAAUUUCUAAAGAAGGUGUAACAAUUGUGUAUCUUCCUCACUGCCCGAAACAACUAACAAAUAACUUUAUUUGGAGCAACUGGGGAUCUAACUUACAAAACUGUAUUCUCAUUUGCAAUAGUUUUACGUCCCUCAUUGAAAAUCAACCUAGUCGCCUGAUAAAAGAUAUUGUACCAUACAUAUACAAAAUAUCAUCAUACACAACAGAAAUAAAUCUAGAAAACAGUUUUGUUCACAAAGACAUAUUUAACGACACAUCUAUUCACUAUUUUACUAAAGAAAAACUAGACUCUGUGCCAUCAGACUUUUGGGUUAAACAAGACAAGCCUACUUAUGAAAACACUGAAGAGUUUAUAACAUCUUUAAUGGUUGAAAAAUUGACAAUUUGAUUUUUUCAAGGAAAGUCAAUAUGGCAUCGAUUACUACAAAACCAGCUUUGGUAACUUUGAGACAGCUGCUAUCUGAAAUAAGAAGGCAGAGUAGCACACCGAAAUUGACAGAAAAUGAUACUGUGAAAUACAUCCUCG